AUGCAAUAUGUUCUGGAGUGCCGCGCAUCAAACCGCGACGCUGCUGACGCAGGCAAACAAAAGUCGUUGAUUAUGAUGAUGCACAAUCACUUACUGGGGCCAUCAUCAUCGCUUGCGAGCACUAGUGGACUGCAAUCGACCGCUGGUCUCUCAGAAGGGGCUUUUCUAAAUCACGCUUUGAAUCAGCCAAAAGAGGAACUCAAAACCCACUUUACGACAAGGGAAGGGACUUAUAAGUUAAUGACAAUGGCUGAAUACUCCCGCCCAAAUAGGGUUCCUAUGAAUCAGAUGCAACCUGGAACUGCGAAUGUUGCUGGUGCCCCUGUUAGAGUUUCUUUUCUCUCGUUGAAUACAGGCAAUAAAACGCCGUCUCCCAGAGAAGGUCAGGAGUUCUUAGACUCGGAUGAGAAUUAUCGCGAAGAAAUGGCUACGGCUGAUCGAAUUUGUUUUAACGUUGGCAGAGAGCUCUACGUCUACUUGUACAAAGGUAUUCACACAGCUGCGGAUCUGAGUAAACCGAUCGACAAACGUGUUUACAAAGGUACUUAUCCAACUUGUCAUCAUUUCAAUCAGGAAACGGCAACUACUACAAGCUGCAGUUUAAUCAUCGGAUUUUCUGCUGGGCAAGUUCAACUAAUUGAUCCGUUUCACAAGGAGUACCAGGCUAGUCGUCUGUACAAUGAAGAACGAUUCAUUGACAAAACCGGUGUCACUUGCUUGCGUUGGGUCCCAGGUCAGCGACAGCAUUUUCUAGUCUCAUAUUCCAGUGGAUAUAUGUACUUGUAUAACGAGGAGUUGCAGUGUCCUCUAGCGCCACCUGUCUACCAAACAUUUAAACAGGGAGACAAAUAUGCAGUUUACACCUGCAAAGCCAAAACCACGAGAAAUCCAGUUUAUCGGUGGCAAGUUGGAGAGGGAGGCAUCAAUCAGUUUGCUUUUUCUGGUCAGGAUGCAAAGAUGUUGGCUACUGUUGGACAUGAUGGAUAUCUGCGGAUUUUCAACUACCAUCAGAUGGAAUUGCUCUCAUACAUGAAGUCCUAUUUUGGUGGACUGUUAACGCUUGCGUGGAGUCCGGAUGCAAAGCUGAUUGUGACCGGUGGCGAAGAUGAUUUACUUACAGUUUACAAUAUACUGGAGAAACGAGUGGUCUGUCGCGGCCAAGGUCACAAAAGUUGGAUUUCACAGGUGCAGUUCGAUCCAUUUAUGUGUACUGUCGAUGGCGAACAUGAAAUAAACGGCCUUGGUACCUUGGAUAUAGGUUCUGAUGAUGAAAAGUCUUCACGCACCGGAGGUGUUCUGCAGAACGGACAAGAAAGCAAUGCUCCCACUCCGAUUAUAAGAGCUAACAUGAGAAGAGCUCCUUUGCAAACCUCUUCGUUUUCGAGAUGUUCCUUCGCCUCUUUUGGGACUAUCAACGGAGCUGGUCACGCUAAUGGUGGUGUAUGUUACCGUAUCGGUAGUGUUGGACACGAUACGCAACUUUGUUUGUGGGAUAUCACGGAAGAUAUGCUGAAGCCCGCAAAUGUGCAACGACAUCGUAAUUCAACAAUUAUCGCGCCCAUGUUGGGACUGGAAGUACAGACAUCGUCCAACCGUUUGGAUCCACUUCGAGAAGCAUCACCUGCUCAGUCCGUAGACAGUGGGAAGCCGAAGAAAAAGCGAGGAUUCCAUCGACGAGGUUUUACACUAGGACGACUGGGUGGAUCCAACAGUGAUCGUCGUCGACUGGAAUCACCUACCUCUGCAGCUUCGGCCGCUCUGGACGAAGCAAGGCUACUCGGAACGCGAGUUUGCCCGCGAAUGGAGGAUGUACCAGUUAUUGAGCCAUUAAUAUGCAAAAAGAUAUCACACGAACGUCUGACGGUGCUUGAAUUUCGAAAGGACUGCCUUGUUACAGCUUGCCAAGAAGGUUUCAUAUGCACUUGGGCCCGACCGGGCAAAGCUCCAACAACUCUUGUGAAACGGGAUGCCAAUUCGCCAAACACCGUAAGCUCUCCUACAGGAAUUCGUGAUGGAGUUCCGUUGAAGUUGAUGGCACCAAUGUCACUUGGAGUAAAUUCUGAGAUGCCUUCAGCCUGUCCAGCAACCAGCGAUUUCAAUGGAGAACUUAGCACAGCAGAAGCAGAAGUCUAUGAUCGGCAAAUUCGCCUUUGGGGCAUGGAAGCACAGAAUAAGUUGCGUGCUGCCAAUGUUCUAAUCUGUGGUCUAUCCGGACUAGGUGCUGAAACAUCUAAAAAUCUUUUGCUUUGUGGCAUCCGUUCUCUAACACUCACGGACGAGAAAGCGGUUACAAAAGAAGACCUCGACGCGAAUUUCUUGCUCGACAAUGACUCUGUCGGGCAAAAUCGCGCAAGAGCUUCUUCGUCGAAGGCACAAGCGCUGAAUCCAUUGGUGAAACUAGAGGUGUGUGAAACAGCUGUUGCUAACAUGAGCAUAGACUUUGUGUCCAAGUUUACUCUCGUCGUUUUGUGUGACCAGAAAUAUUCUGAUGUCGUACUUUGGAACGAGAGAUGUCGUCAACUCAAAAUUGGCUUCAUCGCUUGUAGCGUGUUCGGAUGGAUGGGUUUUUCAUUCUUCGACUUUAACGACCAUUUCUUUCUCUGUCCUGCUGAUAAAGAGCCGGAUACAAUGUGUGACGGAGAUUGUGAUGGUUCUUCUAGCGUCCCCAAAGCGAUUGAUCUUGAUGCUGAGAAUGUUUUUGAAAAGAAGAAGUUCCAGUAUCCUUCCAUAGAAGAAGCUUUCAAUGUUGAUUGGUCUAAAAAACAGUUGAUACGCAAAAGCCGAAGGCUUAUUCCAUGCAGCUACUUUCCCCUUAAAGCAAUGCUCCGAGCUCAGAAAGAGGAGAAAUUAGGCACCGAUGAGAAUGCGAACAUGAAGGUACUCGCGGAGAUAUGGGCGGAAGAGGUACUGAAUGCAACUCAUGAAAUCGAAAAACAAACUGUGCAAGCUGAGGACUUUGAUUACUUUUUUGGGCCGCAGUUGUCCCCAGUUUGUGCGAUUGUAGGUGGUCUGGCUGGACAAGAAGCAAUCAAAGCUUUAUCUGAAAAUGAGCGUCCUCUCAGGAAUAUUUUCAUAUACUCUGCUCUCGACACGACUGGUACUAUGUGCCAAUUUCCACCCCCGUGA